CCUCCCGAUUGUGUGCCAGUCUGGUGUGUCUCUUUCACUGCAGUCACGCUGUCUCGUGUUGUUGCGGCCAAUCGACUAAUCUCCACUUCCAAAGCAUUUGCAGAGCACUCUGUCAGCACAUAGUAGGAAAGAAGGCAUGGUGAGCUCGCCAGCUGGAAUAGCUUUCACCUUCUCAGUAAUCAUAUUUGACUUACUAAAAACCCUGCUUCCAAAACAAUGGAAUUAGCCACGUGAAUUAAACAUGUUUUUUGAGGGGUUUGGAGUUUAUUUUUUUACAUGUGCUGCAGCAGGUAGUUUGGAUACUAUUUUAUGACUGGGCACGGUGGACUCCAGCGAAACGCAUGAGAAUUAUAACUCUUAAGAAGAGGAUUUGUGAAAGCUGUUGCUGUAGUUCGCUUUAUAUUUUCAUGGAAAGUAUUAUUAAUUUUUUUCAACAGCAUAAGUAACAAUGUCCAAGAGCACAGAAGGUCCAACAGAAGACCUCUCCAAGGUGUCGGACGAGGAAAUGAUGAAGUGGGGUAAGGAAGAGUUGAUACGCAGGCUCCGACGCUCAGAAGCCGAGAAAAUGGGGAUUAUGUUGGAUCACGGCAACUUGAUCAGGGAAGUCAACCGGAGGCUGCAGCUUCAUCUGAACGAGAUUCGGGGACUCAAGGACAUAAACCAGAAGCUGCAGGAGGACAACCAUGAGCUGAGGGACCUCUGCUGCUUCUUGGAUGAUGACAGACAAAAGGGGAAAAAAGUGUCAAGGGAGUGGCAGAGACUGGGGAGGUACAGUACUGGGGUGAUGCGAAAAGAAGUGACCUUGUAUUUGCAAAAACUGAAGGAGCUUGAGGUGAAGCAAGAGGAGGUGAUAAAGGAAAACCUGGAACUGAAAGAACUUUGCUUGAUGCUGGAUGAGGAAAAGAGUGGUGGUGCGGGUAGCCGCAAUUCAAUAGACAGCCAGAAUAGCCUGUGCCAGAUAUCAGCAACAGGCAGUGGCCUACUGAGGGACGUGGGAGAUGGGAGCAGUACUUCCAGCACAGGAAGCACAGACAGUCCAGACAACCUCCAUCACAAACAUCUGGCAACUAGUAGUCCAGAACGCCUCCAGAAACCACGAAGCGAGGGAAGCCCAGAGCACCAGCAACAAAAUAAAUGUAGCAGUAGCCCUGAUCAAAAACAUCUGAGAGGGGCAAGCCCAGAACAGCAUAAGGGCCUGGGCAGAGGGAGUCCUGAGCAUCAAAAGCUUACUGGUGCCAGCCCUGAAAAUCUGCAGAAACACCUUAUGAGCAGUACCAGUAGCCCGGAGCACUUCCAAAAGCACAGAGGAGGUGGCAGCCCCGAACAUCAAAAGUACAGCAGUGUUAGCCCCGAACAUCUGCAGAAACAAGCACUGACUGGUACUCCAGAACACCAGAAAGCCAGGGGAGGAAGCCCGGAGCAGCUCAGACACCCAUACAGUGGGAGCCCGGAGCACCUAAAGUACCCAGGUGGAAGUACCAGUAGGGAAGGGAUGCAGCGAAGGCAAGCCCCAGAUGAAAUGUCACCUCAUCACAGGAGUAUAUACAAUGGGAUGAAUGCACUUAUGUCAGCUGGCUGUUGCACAACUACCUGUAGAAGUGUCAAGCUCUGGGACAGUUUUGAUGCCUCUUGACUAGAACCUUUGCUGAAUGAUAGCCCCCAGUACCCAGGUCUCAUCUGGAUGUGGUCUAUAGGAAAGCCUGUAGUGGACGAGAUGGGAUUUUGAAGAUGCACUAAAGAAUGUUUUGAUCUCUCUUUUUUUUCACAAAAAAAAAACAAAACAAGAAGAAGCCUUUACAACUACAUCCAUGCUAUGAACAUUAUUUAAACAAGUCAGGUGUGUUCAGACAACCUACUGUACAUUCAGAUUUUCACUGACAAAUUGAUUCCGUCUGUACAAACUAUCACAAAGGUUCAACUAAAUUAAGGAGAUGUAGCCUACAUGAGGGAAAUGAUACCCUACCCUGAAAAAAAAUGUAUUGGAUGAAUGAACAUGGAACGAGUAGAUCUGUGGUAAUCUGAUUCAAGGUUUGCUUUCCUCUACAGCACGAUAUCUCCAUUCAGUUUUAAGAUGUGUGUCAACAUUAAUCUACACUGGGGAUAAUGCAUACAACCUUUUUACUGUACUGUUCCUUAUAUAAAGGUUGGGUUUCUGCCUCUGUAUUAAGCUGAACAGUUAAUUUUCUAACCUUUUAUUUUCACGUGUAACCCUUUUUUAUGUUGAAAAUACAAAACACUUUCAAGUCUAUACAAUAAAUGAAAGUGCAUUUUUAAUUAAUGGGUUUCUAGAUUGGAAUACACAUAUUUAAGUCAUGCAAUAUGCUUAAGUGAUAGGAAGAAAGUUAAUAAUGUAGGAAGGAGGGCCAACAAUAUAUUGCUAUACAUGCCAAUAGAACGCCACAGCAGGAUUGGCCUUGCAUGUCAACAUUUAAAAGUUAGUUGCGGUAUUUCCAUAACUUGUCAUUAAUGAAGAUAAUAUCUGUGUAAAAAAAUGAUUUAUUAGAGACAUUUUUCCAUACUAACAGUUGCAGAGAGAUCAGAAAUUACAUUUGCACAUCCCUUGUGGCAAUUUCUAGCACCGCAGUUGUUGAGAAAUAAUUAUUUAAGCAGAAGCAACAAAAGAUUAUAAUCCAAAACACAAUAUAGGGUUGGUGUUUACAACAAAAGCAUUUCUUACGUUUUCAUGAUGUUCUGCGUGUUAAGUGAUAUCUUUUCUAACAGUCCAUGAUUGUUUUUAUUUUAUUUAUGUAUUUAUUUAUUUUUAAAAGUGUUUCUCAAUACUUCAAUAUACCACCCACAUUUAUGUGUAGACAUUAUUUGAAAAACUGCUGGGGAAACUUAAAUAAAGAUACUGUAACUAAUUGCCCUUACUUUUCAUAAAUGUACACUUUUUGCAGACAUUGCCAUUGUUCUCACAUCGAUGUUCCCUGGUGCUCUGAUUGGAUGGCAAUGUGCUAUGAGUUUUGAUUAUUUCUUUUUAUUAAAAUCAAUGCUGCUGUGUUAUACUAAUUAACUACCCUUUGGCUUUGAUUUCCUCAAGACUCCACUCGCUGUAAUGUAUUUGAAAUAUUAAAUAUUAUAAAUACAUUUUAAAUAUUACAUUUCCUGUUGAUUAAAACAUUAAAGGUGUGAACAUUGGUGAAAGUAAUUGGUUUCAGUUUUCCAGGUAUAUAUUGGGGUUAAUUCUGAAUGCUAAAUGUGUAAAGCUGGUGAGGAUAACCAGUAUUAGUAUGUGGAUUUCCUUGGUAUAAAUCAGUAAUGCUUGAGUGUUACAAAUCUUCAUUAAAACACUGGUCCCUGAUUUUAGUGUAGUGUAUUUCCUAUAAUAAUAAUGCAAAGCUCCUUUAGCAUAGAGCAAAUAAAUACAGCUGUUUUUCAAGGGGUGUCAUUAUUAUAACAUUGAACCUGGUAUUAAAAUGUACACUUUUUAUCAAUGAUAAGUAAGGACACUGCUAGACAGCUACCAGAGGAUUCAAAUUCAGAAAUGCCAGCCCCAGACAGUUCCAUUUGGUAUAUUUUGUUCUGAAUUUGGAUUACAAAAGUGACUCUAACAGUUUCUGAUUUUCUGUCAGAAGUGCUGUUUUUCUCUAGGUUGAGUGUGUGUGUGUGUAUUUAUAACAUAUAUAUUAUAUAUACAGUAUAUAUAUAUGUGUGUGUGUGUGUGUGUGUGUGUGUAAAGUCUGUUUUCAAGCAGCACACAGACAUGGUGAAAAGAAAAACAAAUGGCUCAAGGCAGUAAAGCCUUGGUCUACAGUAUUUAGUAAAGUAAAGCGGUGGUUCUGACAGGGAACUCAUGUAAAUGUAAAGCAUCAUCAGUCGAAUAGCUAGUAUCUUAUUUGUUCUUUGCUAAACAAUAUUUUCAAUGAUUGCCAAUGAAAGGAUUUAUAUCUUGCCUCAAUCCAAUACGUCCCUGCUGUGUGCCAGAAUUCUCCUCCUCUGAUGAGGGCGGGCAGCUAUCCUGCUCCCCUGCCAUGGUUUCCCUACAGUCAGCCUCUCCACUUAUCUUCAAGCUAAUUUAUGGGCAGGGGUACCUCAAAAGGCGAGGCCAAACAAUGUAGUGUAAAAUAUGUAUAAUGUAGUAGUGUUGUCUAGUCUAUGUUUUAAUAAAUAAUCUCAUCACAUAGUUUUCUGACUAAAUCACAAGUGUUAUGUGUGUGCACAAUUGCACAAAAUUACCUGGGGAGCCAAGAACUGAAUAACAAUGGAGACUGAUUUACCAUGAAGUAACACCAAAUUAAUGAACAAAACAUAUAACAAACACCAUAUGAUGUGCAAGAUAACGUUGCAGUAAUAAUAAUAAAUCAUGAUAAUUGCUCGGUAAAAUAAACAUCUGGUGCCAGUUUAUUCCUCCUGACAUACAAAUCCCACACUAUGUAGAGCACGGGUGCCCAAUUCCUGUCUUGGAGGGAAUGGGUGGGUCAACCUUGCCUAUCUAAUGGCCUGUGGCGUGUUGUCAACAUCAAAGAACACAUUUUGCAGAACCAUGAUAAUACAAUGUGUUAAUGGACACAUGAGAGGUUUAAUAAUAAAAAGUACACCAUGUGAAUGUUGCAGUUCGUUCCAUCACAGGUAGCAACAGAUUUUUUCAAUUCCAAUUGUAUUAGUGGUGAUGAUUCACUGUCCUUACGUUUAGAACCAGAGUACAAUGCAUUUCAGCUUGGUUUAAAACAGUUGGUCCUGGUAUCCAUGUACAGCUAUGGCCAAAAGUUUUGCUCACCCUAUAGAAUUAACUUCAUAAAGUCGAAUGAAACCUGCCGAAUAAUGUUACGUUAACCUAUUUAAUUACAUACCACUUUGAAGAUUUCCAUAUACUUAACAAAACAAACAAAAAAAAAACUUUUACCACGCCUUUGAAAGACAAAACUGGAUUUACAGCACUGGGGAGCCACUUCUUUUUAGGGAUAAUCACAGGAUAACCAUAUAUAUUACAUUUCCCAGGAUUUUAUUAGUGUCAAAUUCCCAGUUUUUGAGUAAGACUGGGGGAAUGCAGCUUAAUUCCCCAGAUUAUGUAUGUGUGAUGGAACCAAGCUUGAUUCACUAGUGCCGUAAAAUGCUCUAUUAAAACCCAGCUGUGGCUUAUCCCAGUGCUGUAUUUGGUUCAUCAAAUAAACCCCUUAGCUACAGUACUACUGUAAGCUUUUUUUCUUUCUUAUUUGCAGUUUAUUAAGAAAUCUCCUUCAGAUGUAGCCCUUAAGUGUUUGUUUUUGUGUCAAAAACAGGCACAUUCAAAUUGGAAAUAUCUCAGAACAAGACACAAUGAUACUCAUAAUUCUAAAUGUCAGAAAUUACCAUUGGGAUGUGCAAUUGAAUCCACAAGCUGUGCUUAAUAUGAGGUAAUAAACACAGAUGGAAGACACAGAUAUGUUUUAGUUUGACAAAGAAAAUACCCUCUCCACAGGUACAAUUUCUGCAUGCCAUAUUUUCCUAUUUCCAUAACAUUAUAUAUGUGCUGGUUAAAUUGAUGCUCAUUUGCAAGAGUCUCCUGGCACAAGGCAUAACAUUGUGUCCUUGGGAAAUCAAUUAAUAUUUGGGAAUGUAUCUGUUAUAUACUGUACUGUAUGUGCUUUAAAUUAUUGUCAACAACUGUUUCCAAGGAUCAGGGGGUUUAGUAAUUGAUUUCACUUAAUUAGUAAAUUGACACAAUAUUUGGUUUUAUUAAUGGUUUGUGUAUUGGUUUGGGUUGUUUGUGUAUUAUGAUUUGUUGUGCACCAUUAAUUUAUUUUCUUUUGAUUAUUUCAAUUGUAAUAUUAAAUGUUGUUUUUGUACUUUUGACUCUGGGUUAACGAGGGAUGAUUGGAAUACAGAUUUGGUUUCUAAGGAACCAGCUGCCAUCAAUCACCUCCAGGUGCUGCAUUCCAGCACACCUGUAGGAGAUCAAUUGUAUUAGACCCCUCUAUAUAUAAACAGGACAGAAAGAGGAAAGAGGAAAAAAAAAGAAUGAGGGCAUUGUAAGCAGUGAACCGAGCAGGAGAGGCCACUGCACAGUACAGAACCAAGGAAAGGAUAAUGCCAGGUGAAGUGCCAGUAUCUAGAAACAAGAGAGGACAAACAUUGGAAAUUAACCAGGGGGGUAUGCUGUCUUUGUGUUUGGAAAUAUAACUGUGGUUAAUUUAUAUCAGCAGACACUAAAUAAAUCAAAGUAGCUUCGGUAGUAUACUCUGAUGAGCAAGAAACUGUUAGGAAGUUAGUAAAUAACCAUUAAACAGUUGGAGAUUAUUUGCUCUGUAUUACCAUCUUGAACCGUGCAGUAGCCCCGGAAAGCCGCCCUCCGCAUUGGGUGAGAGUAAGGGAGAGGACGUGUUGCUGAGGAGACCAGAGUUAGCUGCCACUGCGAUAACCCCACUCUGGUUUGAGUGAAGUACCGGUGUUCCAGCCAGCCUAGGUGCGGGAGCAUUAUAUGGCUGUGGCAUAGACCUGUGGUGCUUAAUGACCUGUUAUACAACUUUACCAGAGUUGGGGUAGAAGGGGGGUAGAGGUGUAGUAGAGAUCUAGCCUUGCAAGUAGUUGGUGGCUAAGUGGCUGUGUUAUCUCUCUUUCACUCUCACUCUCUCUCUCGGCCAGUGUGGAGGGUACUGCGGGAUUUCUGUUCACUUUCUGAACCAAAGGGAUUGCGAAGCUGGAAACAGGCAAACUGAAAUUGAGCGAGUUUUUGUUUAAAACUAUAAGGACCUGGAAAACUGUUCGUUUUCUUGCUGUUUUAGACCUCACGUUAUAUGAUUGGCUUGUGGUGUUAUGCCUUUUAUGAAUGGUAUUUUCCCAAUUGAAACCUUGGUGGCAAUGGGAAAUUUGCCUUGGUCUGCUUGCCUUUGUUCCUCCGUGUGUGGUCCUUGCUGGUAUCCUGGAAUCCAAAAUGACCUCUGUAAAACAAAUAGCAAUACAUAGGUUAAUACAUUAUAGUAUUAGUUUACUCUACUUAAUGUUUCAAGGGUUGACACUAGUACACUAAAACCCAUUUAAGUGCAUGAUGCCAAUUGGUUUCUCUUCUACUGGUAAUAAAACAAAAUUAAUAGAGUAACCACAGAUGUAAUAUAUUGUAUGUUUAUUUGGUUAUUACAAGUGUAGACUUGGAGUCCUUUAUUUAAUAAACCUUACCUGGCAGUUGGUAACACAAUCUAGUUUGUAACUUUAUCCUACACCUCCCCAUCCUCCACUUUGUUUCCAACCAAUCCCUUUAAUAAUUGGCUUCCUUCUCCCCCUGAGAUGCAGAACCAUUUCACUAAAAUAACCCAAAACCCCAAUACUUUUUUUCAAUAGCUAAUGGUUAAUUGUUCAGUUUACAGCUGUUAAAACAGUCUUGGCUGGCUGUGAAGGGGAUUUAUUUAUUAUGAAAUAAACCUCCCCAAGAAGGUUUAUUUUGUUUAUUGUCACUCAUAAGAAGUAUAAUUGUUGAAGGUUUAUACAUAUGCAGGAAAUGUACUUUUGUUUCACCAUUACAGGGUACAUGUUUCUAUUUAGCUAUAUCAUGGUUAAUUAUUUAUUUUUUGGCAGUGAAACAUUUGUAGAUGUUUUUCAAGGGUAUCGGUAUCCAAGUAUGUGGGAUGGCAUUUAGGUUAUAUUAUUAAAUUCACUGGUUAUCUCUUUAUGAGUCUGCACAUGAAAUGAUUGUAGAUUGUAUUUUUUUUUUUUCCCCCCACAAAAUUGGUAAUGGUAUAUUGAGAGGAUUUUAUGUGACGGUUUGCCCCCAAAAUGUAGUUAAUAAAUGAAUCACUGCUGCAGAUUUGUGGGUUUUUUUUGUAAUUUUAUAGCUGGUAUGCAAAUUAUGCUGCCAGAAGCCAUUGGGGAUGCAAUAUGGCUCAGUUACUUACACAUUAGUAGCAGGAUACAUAUCUAUUGAUUCCCAAGCAAUGUUGCUUCUUAAUAUAUCCUCAAAGAGUAGUGAAAUCAAUUAGCACUGCAGUUAUUCAAUGAGAUGUGAGAAGAAACACACUGAAUAGGUUUGACUUUUUAAUUAUAAGUUUUAUAUAUUAAAUAGUGGCUGGUAAAAAU